GCAUUCACGACAGGGUAACGAUGUCUAGCGCGGCAAUGAAAGCACCCUCAAAAAAUCCUCAAAAAACCUCUACAGGGACCAAUGUUGGAAAUGUUCCGAGCGGCCCCGCUCUUCCUUUGGCAUCUCCUCUUAUGGGCAAAAAGAAGAAGCCCUUUCUGGGUAUGGCAGCGCCCCUCGGCUAUGUUCCUGGUCUAGGCAGAGGUGCCACUGGUUUCACUACGCGAUCUGAUAUUGGCCCCGCUCGAGAUGCGAACGAUCCUGUGGAUGACCGGCAUGCGCCUCCUGGGAAAAGAACAGUUGGUGAUCAAAUGAAAAAGAGCAACCAAGAUGAUGAUGACGAGGACCUAAACGACACCAACUAUGAUGAGUUUAAUGGUUAUGCUGGUAGCCUAUUCUCCAGUGGCCCAUAUGAGAAGGAUGACGAAGAAGCAGAUGCCAUAUAUGCAGCACUUGACAAACGAAUGGAUGAACGAAGAAAGGAGAGAAGAGAGUUGAGAGAGAAGGAGGAGAUCGAGAAGUAUCGUAUGGAGCGGCCCAAAAUUCAACAGCAGUUUUCAGAUCUAAAGCGAAAACUAGCUGAGGUAACAGAAGAGGAGUGGUUGAGCAUUCCAGAUGUUGGUGAUGCCAGGAAUAAGAGGCAAAGGAACCCACGUUAUGAAAAACUAACACCUGUGCCUGACAGCUUUUUUGCCAAACACCUCCAGACUGGGGAUAACCACACCACUGUUGACCCACUUCAGGGGCAAUUUGGUGGUUUGAACACACCAUUUCCUGGAGGCUUAAACACACCUUAUCCAGGUGGCAUGACCCCAGGAGCAGGAGAACUUGACAUGAGGAAAAUUGGCCAAGCCAGAAACACUUUGAUGGACAUGCGGCUAAGUCAGGUUUCAGACUCUGUAAGUGGACAGACAGUAGUGGACCCUAAAGGCUACUUAACAGACCUCAACUCAAUGAUCCCUACGCACGGAGGUGACAUCAGUGACAUUAAGAAGGCACGUCUGCUAUUAAAGUCAGUGAGAGAGACAAACCCUCACCACCCUCCGGCCUGGAUUGCCUCAGCACGUCUGGAGGAGGUGACAGGAAAACUACAGGUGGCCAGAAACCUUAUCAUGAAAGGCACUGAAAUGUGUCCAAAGAGUGAGGAUGUGUGGCUGGAGGCUGCACGCUUACAGCCUGGAGACACAGCAAAGGCUGUUGUUGCACAAGCAGUGCGUCACUUACCCCAGUCUGUGCGCAUCUAUAUUCGAGCUGCUGAGCUUGAGACUGACAUCAGGGCUAAGAAACGGGUUCUAAGAAAAGCUCUUGAGAAUGUUUCUAAGUCGGUGCGUCUUUGGAAGACGGCUGUUGAACUGGAGGAGCCCGAGGAUGCCCGAAUCAUGCUGAGCAGAGCUGUGGAGUGCUGCCCAACUAGUGUGGAGCUUUGGCUCGCUCUGGCCCGAUUAGAGACUUAUGAGAAUGCUAGACGUGUUUUGAACAAGGCACGUGAGAAUAUCCCCACCGAUCGGCACAUCUGGAUCACAGCUGCCAAGCUGGAGGAAGCCAAUGGCAACACACAGAUGGUGGAAAAGAUUAUUGACAGAGCUAUAACCUCGCUUAGAGCCAAUGGAGUUGAGAUUAACCGUGAGCAGUGGAUUCAGGAUGCAGAAGAAUGUGAUAAAGCAGGCAGUGUGGCCACGUGUCAGGCUGUGAUCAGAGCAGUAAUUGGUAUCGGAAUCGAGGAGGAGGACUGUAAACACACAUGGAUGGAGGAUGCAGACAGCUGUGUGGCUCAUGGUGCACUGGAGUGUGCUCGUGCUAUCUACGCUCAUGCGCUGCAAGUCUUUCCCAGCAAGAAGAGUGUGUGGCUGCGAGCAGCUUAUUUUGAGAAGAGUCAUGGCACACGAGAGUCUUUGGAGGCACUUCUACAGAGAGCAGUAGCUCAUUGUCCCAAGGCAGAGGUUCUGUGGCUGAUGGGUGCAAAAUCCAAGUGGCUGGCUGGAGAUGUGCCUGCAGCUCGAAGCAUUCUAGCACUGGCCUUCCAGGCCAACCCUAACAGUGAGGAAAUCUGGCUGGCUGCUGUAAAGUUGGAGUCGGAGAAUAAUGAGUACGAGAGGGCUAGAAGGCUUCUGGCCAAAGCUCGAAGCAGCGCUCCAACUGCCAGAGUUUUUAUGAAGUCUGUGAAGUUAGAGUGGGUGCUUGGGAACAUCUCAGCAGCCCAAGAACUUUGCUCUGAGGCACUGAAGCACUAUGAGGACUUCCCCAAGCUCUGGAUGAUGAAGGGUCAGAUUGAGGAACAGCCUGAGAACUUUGACAAGGCUCGAGAGGCCUACAGCCAAGGGCUUAAGAAGUGUCCUCACUCUAUGCCUUUGUGGCUACUACUCUCGCGUCUGGAGGAAAGAGCGGGCCAGCUGACACGUGCCCGUGCCAUUCUAGAGAAAUCACGUCUCAAAAACCCACAGACCCCAGAACUUUGGUUGGAGUCAGUCCGGCUGGAAUACAGGGCAGGCCUGAAAAAUAUUGCCAACACCCUCAUGGCUAAAGCCUUACAGGAGUGCCCCAGCUCUGGUAUUCUUUGGGCUGAGGCUGUAUUCUUGGAGGCUAGACCACAAAGAAAAACCAAGAGUGUCGAUGCACUGAAGAAAUGUGAGCAUGACCCCCAUGUUCUACUGGCUGUUGCAAAGUUAUUCUGGAGUGAGAGAAAGAUAACCAAAGCAAGAGAGUGGUUCCUGCGCACAGUGAAGAUUGAACCAGAUCUAGGAGAUGCAUGGGCACUCUUUUAUAAAUUUGAGCUACAACAUGGCACAGAGGAGCAACAGGAAGAAGUGAAGAAGUGCUGUGAGAAUGCUGAACCACGCCAUGGAGAGCUUUGGUGCACUGAAUCCAAGCACAUCCUUAACUGGCAGAAAAAGAUUGGCGAGAUCCUGGUCUUAGUGGCUGCCAAAAUUAAAAACACAUUUUGAAGUUUACUAAUAAAUUUAACAUGUACCCUG